GUCGUGUCGUUCUUUACCAAAAUUCACUCCGAAACCCGAAACCAGAGAUCGAGAGCGAGAGAGGGAGUGGAAAACCAUGCCGGAGGACGCGACGGCGAUUGACUAUGUGAUGGAGAAAGCCUCUGGUCCCCACUUCUCGGGGCUCCGGCUCGACGGCAUCCUCUCCUCUCCGUCGCCUUCCUCGUCUCCGGCCGCCGCCUCCAACCUCGCAGCCGACCCCAACGCCCCCAAGCAGCCAUUCGUCAUCGGUGUUUCGGGAGGUACGGCUUCCGGUAAGACGACGGUGUGCGACAUGAUCAUCCAGCAGCUUCACGAUCAUCGUGUCGUACUUGUCAAUCAGGAUUCAUUUUAUCGAGGUUUGACACCCGAGGAAUCGGAACGAGUGCAUGAGUAUAAUUUUGAUCACCCUGAUGCUUUUGACACCGAACAACUCUUGGAUUGCGUUCAAAAGCUAAAGAACGGGCAAUCUGUCCAAGUUCCGAUAUAUGAUUUUAAGAUACACAGACGAAGUUCUGAUAGUUUCCGGCAGGUGAAUGCUUCUGAUGUAAUAAUCCUGGAAGGAAUUCUGGUGUUCCAUGACCAACGUGUCCGCAAUCUAAUGAACAUUAAGAUUUUUGUCGAUACAGAUGCUGAUGUGAGGCUUGCUCGUAGAAUAAGACGAGACACAGUUGAGAGGGGCAGAGACAUUAACUCUGUUCUUGAAAUGUAUGCUAAGUUCGUCAAACCUGCUUUUGAUGAUUUUAUUCACCCAUCAAAGAAGUAUGCUGAUGUGAUCAUUCCCCGUGGGGGUGAUAAUCAUGUUGCCAUUGAUUUGAUUGUGCAACAUAUUCGCACAAAGCUUGGUCAGCAUGAUCUCUGCAAAAUAUAUCCUAAUGUGUACGUUAUUCAGUCAACAUUUCAGAUUAGAGGUAUGCAUACACUGAUUCGAGACCGAGAAAUAUCGAAGCAUGAUUUUGUGUUUUAUUCAGAUCGGCUAAUACGUCUGGUUGUGGAGCACGGCCUUGGCCAUUUGCCAUUCACAGAGAAGCAAGUAGUAACUCCAACAGCAUCAGUAUAUACCGGGGUGGAUUUCUGCAAGAAACUGUGUGGGGUUUCAAUUGUUCGAAGUGGUGAGAGCAUGGAAAAUGCAUUACGUGCAUGCUGCAAAGGAAUAAAGAUUGGAAAGAUUCUGAUUCACCGUGAUGGAGACAAUGGAAAGCAGCUUAUUUACGAGAAACUUCCAAUGGAUAUUUCAGAACGUCAUGUCCUGCUUCUAGAUCCAGUCCUUGCUACAGGUAACUCUGCCAACCAGGCGAUUGAACUACUCAUACAGAAAGGAGUUCCUGAAGCCCAUAUUAUUUUCUUAAACCUUAUCUCUGCCCCUGAAGGAAUCCAUUGUAUGUCCAUCUUUGAAGAUUGUGACCUCGGAGAUUGAUGUUGCGCUGAAUGAAGAGUUCCGUGUCAUACCAGGACUGGGUGAAUUUGGUGAUCAAUACUUUGGCACCGAUGAUUAAGUGCAUACUUAUAGAUUGGGAUCGUAUAAUAUUGGGCUGCGGCCUUGGAAUAGAUCGUUGUUUCCGAAUUUGUUUCCAUUUCGAAACCUGCAGGUGUGUUUUGGCGUUGUGUCCAAAUUCUAUAAAUGGUUCGGCUGCUUUAUCUUGAAUUGCUUCAACUUUCAACCCAUGAGCUAACUGAUGGUGGAAUUUAUAAAAAUUACUGUGUGAUGUUA